AUGGCUAUUAUAAGUGGGUUAAAAGCAGUGUUAAGUAAUGAUAUCCAGAAUAUGGCCCUCCUUCUGGAGCUGAUGCAAAAUGUGGUGAUGUUAUUGCUCUGGGAUGCAUUCGCCGCAUUCCGACAGGCUCAGGGAUUACCAGCCACUACCAUAGAUAUAGCACGAGUAUUGGAUGCGGGCCGGCUGGCGGAGGAUAAUCUUGGCGAUGCGAAGAUCUUUUCCGAACGGUUUGCAUCCGACUCCAUUUCCCAAAAGGAGGUCAUGGCACUACUCGGAGCAGCGAUAUCUGGGGUCCUGCUCGCAGGUCAGUCUCAGUGUCUCACUGGGCUGAAGUUGACUAGCGAGUUAAUAAAAUUUCGAUUCUGGGCUUACGACCCCAGAUUUGAAUCCUUACUUAAGGAAGCCGAGCUCUCGUCGGAAGAUGAUCCCGACACACAUGGUGCAAAGAGUUUGGAUUCUGCUGUUAAAGAGGCGCAAGCUCAAGGGAAACACAGGCCGUGGACGUGGUGUAUACCUCGUUAUCUCGAAAGAUCGCUGACAUUCUCAUGA